ACUCCAAAUGAUUACACAGUGAAGGGAAAAAAAAGGGAGAAAGCUCGACCGGUCGAUCAUCUCCGAGCGUCGUCCAUGGCGCAGAUCCCUAACUUAGACAAUUCUCCUCUCAAUCUCAAAUCCUUGAGGGAGAAGUCCCAGAGGGAUCUGAUAAACUCUCUUAAAGAUAUUCGUGGAAAUAAGUGUCUGGUGAUUGAUCCAAAGCUCAGUGGCUCCCUCUCGUUGAUUAUCCAGACUUCUCUGUUGAAGGAGCAUGGUGUGGAAUUGCGGCAUCUCUCAGCAGAACCACUUCUGACUGAAUGCACGAAAGUGGUUUACCUUGUUCGUUCUCAGCUCAGUUUUAUGAAAUCCAUAUCUCUGCACAUUCAAAAUGAUACUUCGAAAGCGAUUCAGAGAGAAUACUAUGUUUACUUUGUGCCUCGUAGAUCUGUUGCAUGUGAGAAGAUUCUUGAGCAGGAAAAAGUGCAUAAUCUGGUGACUGUGAGGGAGUUUCCUCUUUACAUGGUUCCCCUAGAUGAGGAUGUCAUAUCUUUUGAGCUUGAGCUUGCUGAAAAAGAAUACCUCGUUGAUGGCGAUCCUAGCUCACUUUGGCAUGUUGCAAAGGCCAUUCAUGAGCUUGAGUUUUCUUUUGGAGUUAUACCAAAAGUGAGAGCAAAGGGCAAAGCAUCAGUUCGUGUUGCGGAUAUACUUAACCGCAUGCAAGUGGAGGAGUCUGUCAGUUCGUCUGAUGUGGGAAGGCCUGAGAUAGAUACACUUAUUCUUUUGGAUAGAGAGGUUGACAUGGUUACGCCAAUGUUGUCCCAGUUGACUUAUGAGGGACUGUUAGAUGAGUUUUUGCAUAUCAGUAAUGGUGCUGUUGAAGUUGACUCAUCUGUGAUGGGUGUCCAACAGGAAGGAAAAAAGAUGAAAGUUCCCCUUAAUUCAAGUGACAAGUUGUUCAAGGAGACCAGGGAUCUCAACUUUGAAGUGGUUGUACAGGUUCUACGUCAGAAGGCAACAUCCAUGAAGCAGGACUACUCUGAAAUUAGUACUACCCAGACAGUUUCUGAACUAAAGGACUUCGUCAAAAAGCUUAACUCAUUGCCAGAGAUGACAAGACACAUAAAUCUUGCCCAACACCUGACGACGUUCACAUCCAAGCAGUCUUUUCUUUCACAACUUGACAUGGAACACACAUUUGUUGAGUCCCAAACUUAUGACAUAUGCUUUGAGUACAUAGAAGAGAUGAUCCAUAAGCAGGAACCGCUCACUAGUGUCCUACGUCUUUUAGUCUUAUUCUCUGUUACAAACUCAGGGUUGCCGAAAAAACAUUUUGAUUAUUUAAGAAGGGAGCUGCUCCACAGUUAUGGCUUUGAGCAUAUUGUCACAUUGAACAAUCUAGAAAAGGCGGGAUUGUUCAAGAAACAGGAGUUUAAAAGCAACUGGCAGACUGUGAAACGUUCUUUGCAACUUGUAGUUGAAGAUACGGACACAGCAAACCCCAAUGACAUUUCGUAUGUCUUUUCUGGAUAUGCUCCACUCAGCAUUCGUCUUGUCCAACAAGCUAUUCGAUCUGGAUGGCGUCCUGUGGAAGAAAUAUUGAAGCUCUUACCAGGACCACAUCUGGAGACUAAGAGAAGUGGCAUCCCAAGCAGUCCAUCAGUAGACUCGUUACAUGGAGCUUCCAAUGGGCAUUUCAGGGUAGCUGAUGGAAGACGCUCACUCGUACUUGUGGUAUUCAUCGGAGGUGUGACGUUUGCUGAAAUCGCUGCUCUGCGGUAUCUUAGCUCUCAGGAAGGAAUGGCAUACGAUUUAAUCGUCGCAACCACAAAAAUCGUCAAUGGCUCCACAUUGAUAGAGACUUUUAUGGAAAAAGUCGGCUGAUCUGUUAAAUCCUCGUGAUGCCCAAUAGAGCGUUCUGCUCGAUCUGUUUCCUUUUGUGUGUGCCCUUUUCUUUUUUGUGUAUUUGAUUCUUGUUAUCCUCUUCGAGCUCUUAUGAUUCAUGUUGGUUGGUGAGUGAAGGCAGAUUAUGGUUUUAGGCCACACUGUUCGAAGUCUGUUCCAGUUUUAUUACACUUUUAAUAUGCUAUUAAUUGUAAUUUGAAGUCGUAAUUGUGCAGAGCCUUGUAAUGUUAA